UUUUUUUUCCUUCUCAUGAUCAAACCACUUCUUUCCCCAGCUUCUCCUCAGGACGUGAGGAGACCGCUGAGGAAGACAUUCAUUUAUUUAGUUCCCUCACUCAUUUAUCUUCCUCCCCCUCGUCUCUUUGCCUGACUGGCUGCUGAGCUGACUGACUGCCUGGAUGGUUGGCUCCCCCUCUCACUGGACACUCACUGGCAGUUAACUCACGCACUGCGUGAGCUUCGCUGAGGCUGGGGUGGAGAGAGACACUCGGGCUGCUCGGGCUUUGGAAAGUGGGACCUCUGUUAGGCUUCUCUCUCUGUCUGUUUUGGUGGACUGUUAGAUGAGAGCAGAGGAAAUCUCAGGCUCUCUCUGCUCCAGCACUGACCACUGACCAUCACUACUGUGCUGCAUCCAUGACUUUACACACCUGGCUGGUGUAUGGGCUUGGAAUUAUCUUGGUUUGGACACUCUGCUUGAAACAGGUCCAGGGUCUGCAGUGCUAUGGCUGCAACAUCAUCCAGGGCCAGAGGUAUGUGGAUGUGGGUUGCUCCAACCCAGAGGUCAUCACCUGCACCCACUCGCACAAAGGCUUCAAACACCGUUUCUGCAUCAAGACAGAGAGCACGGCCCUGGGUAUCGUCCUGACCAGCGGUUGUGCCACAUCCAGACACUGCCAGCAGCACGAGUUGCCAGGGGUGCGCAUCCACUGCUGUGACUCAGAUCUAUGUAACAGCGCCCCCUCCUGGCAUCCGUGCACGCUCCACUACAUCUGUGUACUGUUCAGCCUCUUGCUGCUGAGGAUGUGGUUGUGAUAUGGAGUCAGCCUGGAGAGGAGCAUCACAUCUGUGGACUAUGGGAGACACAACAACUCUUAUGUCUUAGCUGCACAUGUUUAGGACUGAAUGAGAGUUUUACUCAGUGUGGUGUUACUGGUGAGCACCUUAGCUUUUGUCACACUGUUAGCUCAGACAUACAGUCAGAGCAAAGGCAAAAUAACCCUGUGAAUAAUCAAAGUAAUGAUGAAGCAGCUUGCAGUCAUCAGUGAAUUUAUUGUGCACAUCCACUCACUCAAAUUUAACUUGAAGUAUGGGAUAUUAUGGGACAUCUGUUGCCAUGGAAGAAAGAUCUUUGUCAGAGUCAUAAUGUCAGUUCAUAAAAAGCUUUCAGCCAAGACACCUUGCAUCAGCAAUGCAGUUAGUCUACACACUGACUUCAGGUUAAUAAAGACUUACAUCCACUACUACUGUAUGACAUGAAUCAGUUUUCUCUCUUCAGCAGUUCAUUAUCUUUAUCAAGAUCAAAUCCUUGUGUGCAGUGUGUUCUUUUAAAGUCACAGGCUAUUUAUUUUGCAAAGUUAAAGUUACUUUUUUUAGUUUGCUGUCCAGUUCUCAAUGCUAAGCUUGGGAAAGCACACUGCAUGCAGUUCUGUGUAGGAGUGUAAGAAAUAUUGUACAGUGAA